AUGGAUCUGAAUAGUCAGGAGCAACAAACGCAAGGGGUAUCAAGGAGGAAUGUUGCCGACAUCGAUGCCGAUGCACAAGCACCCCAAGUUGUGUAUCAGGAGGACGGGUUUCUGCACCAGCCCGGACUCGAGGUUCUUGCAAACGACAGUGAUGGAAUUGAAGUGACACCCGGUGAUGCACCAGAAGCUGUGGUCCAUGAUGCACCAGAAGUAUUAGAGAAGCCAGCGAUACCUCAAUCAUCAUCAUGGUUCGCAGAACACAGGACUUGGAUGUUGGUAGGCCUCGUGGCUGCUACCGUGAUCGGCGUCGGCAUUGGUCUUGGAGCUGGACUGAGCAAAUGGUCGAGAAGGUGCACAGUCAAAUGUAUCCACGUGAAACGCUCUGGCGCUGAUAUCUAUGAGCAGUUCACCGUCAUCGACUGUUACGAGUGGUUCUUCGGGCACAACUUCAGCAACCUUUGA